AUGAACGGGCACAACAACGGCCACAUCAAAAAGCCCACCCAAGAGGCUUUCACCAACAAUAGUGUCGCAAUCGCUCCCAACGACCCGGAGGAAGUGCCCGCACUGCUGAAGAGAAUCGCGCUGCACGGGGAGGCUUACCUCACGGAAAAUGACGAGCUCGAAAGAACCAGGAUUCUGGAUUCUGCCCGAUCGCUGGUGUAUGCCUUGGAGACGCCGCGCGAGGCAAUCGUCCGACAUUGCUGGUCUCAGAGCUCGCUUCACGCGGCAAUUGAGAUAGGAGUAGACGUGGAUCUUUUCACGGCGCUGUCGCGGGAUGACAAGCCCAAGUCUGCAGCUGAGCUUGCAAUGGCGACGGGGGUAAGCCAGGUGAUGCUGGCACGGGUCCUGAAACAUCUAGCCGCGAUGGGCGUCAUCAAGGAGACCGGGCCAGACGAGUACCGCCGGACCGGGUUCUCAACCACCAUGCAAUCGCCUCGGUAUAGCGACGCCUACCCAUGCAUGACCGGGUGCGUCACGGCAGGAGUGCUCGGCCUCCCCGCUCACCUCAAAGCGACCAACUACAUGCUCCCCAACGACGGCACCAAAUGCGCCUUCCAGCGCGGCUUCAACACCAGCCUCCACUUCUUCGACUUCCUGAAAGAGCAUCCCCAGCACGCCAGCGAGUUCAACAACCACAUGUCCGUCUACCACCAAGGCCGUCCCAGCUGGAUGGACUUGGGGUUCUACCCAGUGCACACCCUCGUCCAGGAAGCCACCGUAUCCCCGGACGAGGUUUUACUGGUCGACAUCGCCGGCGGAAUAGGCCAUGACCUGUCCGAGUUCCACCGCAAGUGGCCCGAGUUGCCUGGUCGACUGAUCGUGCAGGAGUUGCCCGAGGUCGUGUCCCAAGCGCGCGAGCUGAACCUGAACCCGAAGAUCGAGCUGAUGGAGCAUGAUUUCUUCGAAGAACAGAUCGUUAAGGGCGCAAGAGCAUACUAUAUGCACUCCAUCCUGCACGACUGGACCGACGACAACUGCCGCCGCAUCCUGCAGAACCUCGUCCCCGCCAUGCGUAAGAGCCACAGUAAGCUCCUGAUCAACGAAAACGUCAUCCCCGGGACGAACGCGUACUGGGAGACGACGAGCCUGGAUAUCAUCAUGAUGGCGGACUUCGCGUCGACGGAGCGGACGGAGAGCCAGUGGCGGGCGCUGGUGGAGUCUGUGGACGGGCUGCGAGUGGUCAAGAUCUGGACUGCGAGGAGGGGAGUUGAGAGUCUGAUUGAGUGUGAGGUCGUUUGA